CGACUUCAACGAACCCCCGAAGGUGCAGCAAUAAUGGCUGCCGCUAAAACGUUGCCGUUAAGAUUACCUCCUUUACCGAGUAUCAAGGACGUUAUUAGAUUGUACAAACUCCGUGCUCUCAAGGAAUUAUCGCAGAACUUUCUUAUGGAACCACGAUUGAUUGACAAAAUAGUGCGUGCUGCCGGCAAUAUAGAAGGUAAUGUGGUUUGUGAAGUGGGCCCUGGACCUGGAGGUAUCACGAGAUCAAUUAUUCAUCAGGCUCCGCGAAAGCUUAUCUUGAUCGAGAAAGACCGGCGAUUUCUCCCUUCGUUAGAGCUGCUAGCUGAUGCUUGUAAAGACAAAGUAGAUGUAGAUAUAAUAACUGGUGACAUUUUGAAAACUGAUAUCGCGCAUUUCAUUCCUGGUGAUUGUAAGAGGGACUGGCAUGAUGCUCCUCCUCCUGUGAAUUUGAUUGGUAAUUUACCAUUUAGCGUAUCAACUAUACUUAUUAUAAGAUGGCUGGAAAUGAUAUCUAAGCAAGAGGGUCCUUGGGCAUUUGGACGAACGAGAAUGACAUUAACAUUUCAAAAAGAAGUUGCAGAACGGAUGGUUGCACCUAUAAUGGAUAAACAGAGAUGUCGACUAUCCGUUAUGUGUCAGAAUUGGUGCAAUGUAAACUAUAAAUUUGAUAUAUCUGGGUCUGCAUUUCUUCCAAAACCCGAAGUGGAUGUAGGAGUUGUGACAUUGACUCCAACAAAGCAACCAAUAAUUAAGCUGCCUUUUAAAUUAAUUGAGAAGAUUGUUCGUCAGAUAUUCAACAUGAGACAGAAAUAUUCAAUUCGUGGUGCUCAGACAUUGUUUCCGGCAGAAGUGAGGAAUGAAAUGGCAAUAAAAAUGUACAAGAUGGCGGAUAUAGAUCCAAUGACUCGUCCUUUUCAAAUUGCUAACACGGAAUUUGCUAGAAUUUGUCAUGCAUAUAGUGAAAUCAUAAAGAAGUACCCAGAAUUUGAACACUACGAUUAUAGAGCACCUAAGAUCAAACAACCACCAUCUCUACCAAAAUCAGAGGCCGAAAGCAGUGUGAACUAAUUUUUGUUUGUAAAUAAUGUUACC